AUGGUUCAGUUUUCCGAAGAAACCAAGGAGCGCAUCUCCAAGGUCAUCGAUGUUUCCAGAGUCGCUGUUCACUACGGAUAUCUGCCUUUGAUCCUCUACCUUGGCUACACCUACAGCGAGCCCAGACCGUCUCUGUUCAAGCUGUUUUCCCCGCUGGCAUAA